AGUGGAGUCUGUUGGUUGGCAGUGUGUGAGUGUGGGUGCGCUGCAGUGGAGUGUUCGGCAGCUUGGUACAGUGGAGUGGCCCAAAGUUAGCGUUCUUGUCCACCAGCGGCACGAUACUUAGCUUUUCAAGACGACAUAACCAUCUCGGGGCAACAGGAAGACCAACGGGAGGGAAUGAGAGUGAAGAGAGCGGCAAGGUGAGGACGUGGCGUUGUGGCAGCCUGGCGUGUGGAGUUGAUGGCCCCGUGGAGGCAUCAUGGUGCGGGUGGCGCGGCUAAGGCUCUCCUUCCUGUGGCUGGUGGGGCGGGGCUCUUCCUGGCGGCGGGGAGAGGCGUGUGGUCUUCACUGGUUGCUUCCCUGGACAACUACCUCAGCCAGCACGUCAGUUAUGGCUUCCAGGAGGACAUAUCGGCGCAUCCGUCCAUCACCACCAAGCGUCAGGUGUCCUCCAUGCUCGUCAGGUCGAUGGACAGGUCGUCCGGUAAGAGAGGUUCCCAGCAGGGCAGUAAGGACGAUAAGACUGUGCUGUUCUGGACGUCGUGGUUCGGGAAGUCAUGGUGGGUGCGGCUAGGGGGCGGCAUGGACCUGGGGGCGGCUCAGUGUCCGGAGACGCGAUGUGUGUUCACCCAUGACCGCUCCACGCAGCACGAGGCCGCCGCAGUGCUCUUCCAGUCUCAGGGCGUGGAUGUGCAAGACUUUCCCCGUGGGCGUCAGUGGUGGCAGCGUUGGGUGUGGGUUCACGUGGAGGCACCGCCCGCCUCUGCAGCCGCCUACCGCAGGCUGCACCACCGCUCCCUAGAGGAGGCCGCCCCUCGGGACCUGAGCAGCCUCUUCAAUUGGACCAUGACUUACCAUCCUGCGUCAGACGUCUUGGAGCCUUACGGAGCCAUACUGCCGCUGUCUCACCGAGGGGAAGGACGCUCCACAACCAGUCCUGCCGCCCCCGCCUCCUCUACUCCACCAGGCUCUACACUGCCUCCACCACAUGACAGUCUUUCCUCGCAUCUUCGUCCCACCUUCCUCAACCCCUCCAGCGGCCCUUACGUGGCCUACCUCUCCGCUCUUCGCCUGGGAAAGACUCUGCCUCGCUUGCUUCCCCUCGGCUGGUCCCACUACGUCGACAGGGAUGUAGUAGACCGGUCGGGUGAUUCCUGGGAAGCCUUCCUGCAGCGGCCGCGUCUGGUGGCGUGGAUGUCCUCCCACUGCCACACUGCCUCCCGCCGCGAGGACUACGUGAGGCGCCUACAGCUGCACGUGCCUGUGGACAUUUACGGCGCAUGUGGCCCCCUGAGGUGCAGCAGGAGGGAGGAACACCGCGGUGACCGGUGCUGGCGGCAGGUGCUUGGCCCAAAGUACCUCUUCUACUUGGCCUUCGAGAACGCCCUGUGUGACGCUUACGUGACAGAGAAGCUGUGGAGGCCGCUAGUGCACGGCCUGGUGCCCGUUGUACUCGGGGGCGCUAACUACACGGCCAUCCUGCCACCAAACUCCUACAUCGACGCCGUCAGCCUCACGCCACGCCAGCUGGGCCACCUGCUGCGUCGCCUCCAGAAGACGCCUCAAGAAUAUGCCGAGUACCAUUUGUGGCGAGCCUUUUGGCGGCCGACGCUGAGGCCACCCCUGUGUGAGCUGUGCCUCAGACUGCACGGCAAAGUGAAGAGGACAACUCAGGAGACCUGGCAGCCUGGUGGCGGGAGGCGAGCCAGUGCCGCGCUCCGGUCUGGACCUGGGCGUGAAAGUCUUGCCUUCGCUCUACCUCCCUCCCUUACUCAUUGCUGCUGCUACUGCUGCUGCUGCUGCUGCUCAGUGCCUCAACAAGAUGCAAUCCUUCCUCGUACAGGUGUGGCAGCAAAAAUGGUUCGCAUGUACGUAUAUUUUUAAGACGUCUUUUUUACCUUUGCAUUGAGAGAGAUUCUCGUGAAUAAGUGCAUCAUAUUUGAUACAUGAAGGGGCACUGGAGAUGAAAUUCUCAGUGUCAACUAUCAUUAGGUAACCUUUGAAUGAUGACAAGCGGUCAUCACUGACCGGCUCAGCGAUACAGUCCUGUCUCUUCACCUCACCUCUCUUCACCUCACCUCUCCUCACCUUACCUUAUCUCACCUCUCCUCACCUCGCCUCACUCAGCUUGCAACACAAGGGGAAAAGGAACGUUGUUAGGUGGCCAUUGUAUAUUCUCCUCCUCUUCAUCCACCUCCCCCUCCUCCUCCUUCUCCUCUCCCUCACGUUCGAACCCUGUCCUGGGCAGUGUUCUGCUAAAGAGAGUCAUGGCAGGGACCCUCCCAAGAUACGCUGCCUAUACCUGAAUUUAAUUCCCUCUAUCUCGCUUUUUUUGCAAAUUGUUACACUUAGAUAUACUCAAACUUUUUCAUUCUUGUUUCAUUCAUGAAUAAAAUAAGAAUUUUCUGG